UCCAGAGAAAAAGGCGACGUGUAAAGCAGAGCAAAGCAAAGGAGCCAUCCCGUCCCGUGGCCCGACUCCUCUGGCGGUUGAAAUUCGGUGCGGAGCGAUGCGAUUCCCGUUCCUCCUUUCGCAAGCUUUAUAAAGCAUGAAGCAUUAAAGGCGAAGCAGGGCCAGAGCGCACUGGUAUGCGCGAGUACUGACGACGGGGAGCGACCACGACCGAGCGCCAGAUUCAAAAAAAUCUCCGCUUUUUGUGCCACAUACGCUUUUGCGCAUACACCACAGAAGAGAGAGAGAGAGAGAGAUUGUUGGAAAUCCUGGGUUUGUCUGAUUCUUCUUCCUCCUUUUUCUCGCUGGGAUUUUUGAGUAAUGCAUAUUCACGCUCCCCCCUUUUCGUUUCUUUCUCUCGGAGCUUGCUUCCUCAUGCGUUGGAGUUGACCGGCUCGUGAGACUCCUCUCUCGGCUUUCGUUUCCGGGUCGUCGUCGUCGAGCGACCUUUUUGAUUGUUUCUGCGGGUGACCCGGGAUCGGUUUCGCCCAGGAAACGAUUCCUGGACGUCUUUCUCGACGACCCUUUUGAGAUUAGGCGGCCAUUUUGGUGUCGGCGCGAUGAAAAUAAUGAGUGCGGCUGACCCGGGAUCGGUUCUGCCCGGAAAAUGAUUCCUGGACGUCUUUUUCGACGACCCAUUUGAGAUUAGGCGGCCGUAUCGGUGCCCGCGCGAUCAAAAUAAGUGCUUUCUUGACCGUUUGCUCGUUGAGUGGGAGUUGAGGGAUGCGGGUGUUUCGGAGGGAAGCGGGUUUCUUUUGAGAUGAGGAGAGUGUGAGCGUCGGCAGUGAUUAUGGGGAGCGGGAGGGUGGAGGUGGUCAGUAGCAAAGGGUGUUCGAAAUUAGUGGUUGGGCUCUCGGCUUCAUUGCCUUCUUUUAGAGGUCUGCAAUCUUUGGAGCCGACCAUGUCUCCUGCUCCAUCGUCGGUCGGGUCUCAGCCAAGCGCACGAUCAAGUGGUCCAUUUUCAGGGCUUGUGAUAUGUGUCACUGGUCUCUCUAAAGAAGCAAGGAAACAAGUCAUGGAUGCAACCGAGAGAUUGGGUGGCAAAUAUAGCCCCGAUUUACAUCCUCAGUGUACCCAUUUGAUUGUCCAGAGUUUUGGUGGACGGAAGUUUGAGCAUGCAUUGAAGCAUGGACCCAAAAAUGGUCUCUUCAUCGUUACACUGGGAUGGUUUGUGGACAGCGUCAAGAGGAAUGUGAGGUUGAGUGAAACAUUAUACAGUGUAAAGAGCAUUGGAGAUACCGGCGGUAAAAUAGAAGAGUUGCAUCGGGCUCGUGGGAUUACUGGUGCUGGGAAUUCUUGUCUUCCUGCCAGUAUUCACGAAGCCAAGAAACUUGAAAGGAUUGAAGAAUCACGCCUUUUGUCUUCUGGAAGAGAACCUCAAAGGAGUGUUGAUUCGAUGACUUUAUCCGGUCAGUCUGUCUACUUAGAUUCAGACAUUUCGACUGAACUACAGAACAAGGUGAUUGAUGCAGCUACUAGAGAAGGCGCCUCAGUUGUAGAUAAGUGGUAUGUUGGUAGCAAUGCGAGUCAUGUUGUCUGCGAAGGGACUUCCAUCAGAAGAUAUCUUGGUCAUUGUAACAGUCUCGUCACUCCACUGUGGCUUUUGAAGACAGCAAAAGAGCAACAUCUCCAGAGGCUCGUUCACCUAUCUGCUGAUUUGGCCAGGCAGCUGGGAACGAUGCUUGAUAAUUAUCAUAAUGGUCCGUUGAAGCAGGAAACAAAGAAGAAUGACAUUGUCUCCGAAGGGCUGAGCUGUAAAGCCAGUCUUGAAGAAAGACAAAAAAUUGUGAAUUUUGCUAAAAGUGGGGUGAGAAAUCGUCGUGGUCGCAAAAUGCAGACGUGCCAGACCCCAAUACGGCCGAUAACCCCAAGCAGUCUUCUGGAUUCCAUUUGCUGGUCUAUAUCUGAGCCAACUUCAACUGCUUCCAUUUAUACGGAUUCGUUUAGUUCUGAUGAUGGCCAUGAGAAUUAUCCACGCACAUUCUUUGAUGCAAAAGGCGAUGGCAAGGAUUCAGAAGCUUCUUUUGCAAACUUAACGAGGCCACUUACUGAAAGUGUGAAGAAAGAGCUGAUUUUCAAAGACCACUUUCUCACCAUUCUGUUCCCCGUUGACCGCUUUGGUGAAAUGGGGCCAUCUUCAAGGACAUUCUUCAGUGACAAAGGUUUUACGUGCUUUCAGGUGUUGGAUCAUAUUUAUGCUUUUUAUCAGGAGAACAUGUCAGCUCAGGAAAUAGAGGUUGCCAUUCACACAGAUUCAAGGCAUGCUGACCGGCUUAGAUCAGUGUACUGUAGUAAAGAAACUGCUGAUAGUGGAUUUGUGUCAUUCAAAAGGAUCGACUUCUUGGGUAGCCGCAGGAGCUUUGAAAUGCUAAAGCGGGUCAGCGGGGACAACAACAGUAAUGUAUAUGAACUGUUGGUUAGAGCAUAGGAAUGACCGCAUCGGAUCUUGAACCGUGUCCUGUACAUUGGAAAGUUGGCACUUAGCGGAAUUGUUUUAAGUGGGAGAUAUUGUGCUGAGCUGAUCCAGCAGCCCUGGCUUGCUUAGCGCAAAUUCUAUUUUGAAGAGGAAUGAAUAAGACAAUACUUUUAUUUGCUAGGGAGUUGCUGUGCAGGGUAAUUACACGAAGUUGUAUAUUCAUAGGUUUUCUUCCCAGAUAAGAAUAACCUUAUUUCUAUUGCCUAUUACUGAUCUUGUUGUUGA